AUGGCAACCGGGAAAUACAUCCCUCCAGCCCUCCGCAACAAUAAGGAGGGAAUCGAUGACCAGCAACAGCAACCCCAGGACCAUCAGGAACCUCUGAACUCAAUGUCUGCAUCUUACCAACUGAAAGAUACGGAAACAUACUUCGGGCAUUCAUUCCGGCACGGCGUUUGCGACAAGCUCCACAAUCUCAACAGCAGCAGCAGCAACUACUACUACAAUAAAAGUUUCUCAAAAUGUGGGAAAUCCCCAGCCCCAGCAACCACCACUACAUGUUCACCGCAAGAGCGACAGCGAUGGCAAGGAACCCUCAACACGGCCGCCAAUGAUCCACACACGCUGGCCUACAUAGUCCUUUUCAGAGAGGCCCAUCCAUUUUGGGAAACAAAGUGUGAAAUUUUGUGCAAGUCGAACCUUCAUCUUCUCCCAGAGCCGAUCGCGGCAACACUGAAUGUCACCGCCACCACAGCCAGCUACCCCAUCUUCGUUCCCCAAUCAACACCAAGGCAAUACCAUGCCCCUCUCUCCUUUGCCGGCUACUAUCGUCUGUGCGCCGUCCGCUAUCUAGCACCACGCAGCCGCGAGCUCGCCGCGUAUCUGGAGAUAAAGUUUGGGACCCAGUACCGGACUUCUGAGAAGUGGAUUGGGAGUUUAUCGCGCCGGUGGGCAGUUGUUACGCUAGAUCUGGAUGGGCGCUAUGAGGUGUUUUGGGAGGCAUUUGAGAGGACACAAAAGGGGGUGAAAUCAAAGGAGUUAAAAAAAGAUUGUGAUGCCAAAGACAAAAAGAAAAAGAAGAAGCAGAAAGAAGGCCCCAAACCAAAUCGUCUCAUUCGAGCCCUCGGAGGCUGGUGGACAGUUAACCACUUAGAUGCUGGAAUGGGUUCAACAUCGCCAAUUGAAACGAUCGUGGUAUCUCCAUUUCUCCAGGGUCCCAAGGCAUGGUGGCUGACUUCACGGUACGCCUCUAAAUGA